AUGAUGGGAGGCGUAGUUCCGGACCCCGCCGACCCGGCCGCCGCGCUGCGCUGGCUGCACUACAUCUCCCAGCAGGCAGCGCGGCAGGGCCUGGGUCUGGGUUUAGGUUCCUCGAGGGGCGGCGGGGCCGGGUCGGGCCGGGGUGAGCGGCGGCGGCGGCGGCGCUGGACCGGGGGGCUGAGGCCGAGCCGGGGGGCUGGGCUCGGGCUGGGAGCUCCGGGUCUGCCGGGGAGCUCCAGGCAUCGAGCUGCUGCCCCAGCCCGUGCCAUGGAUGCGCCGCCCAUCACUCCCGUGGAGCUGCUGUGCCUGGGCUCCAGCCUCGCUUUCUCCGGCCUCUUCUACUACCUGUACAAGAAGAAAGCCCGAGUUGUGGCACGCAUACAGGAGGCCCCAAAGCUCCAGGUUGAUGACAGUUUACCAACGCUGGUGUCUGCAGCCAAUGGGAGAUGCCUGCCUUAUGUUGCUCUGGAAGGCAUUGUGCUGCCAGCCAAGGCUGCACUGUCCAGCCAUUACCACGGGGGGAUGCAGGGUGUGAUCCAGAAGUUGCUUCUGAAAGAGCAUCGACUGAUCUGGAACAGCUUAGCACGGAGCUGGACUGAGAGUGAGCGGGUGCUCUCAGAGCAGGUCUACACUGUCCCCUUCUUGCUGGCCUCCCCGGAUGCUGAGGCAGUGACACAGGUGAGCGUGGAGAGCCCACUGCGAGCCGUCUGCCUGCCCCUGGAGAUGGUGUACGAGCGCUUCCAGCAGCCAGCCCAUGGCUUCCGCGACCUGCUGGGCCACUACUUGAGUGGGGAGAAACCCAAAGGCAUUCUUGAGACAGAGGAGAUGCUGCGGGUGGGGGCCGGGCUGACAGGCAUCGGGGAGCUGGCCCUGCACCCUGACGGCUCCCUGCACCUCCAGCCACCAGCGCGGGAGGGCGAGUAUUUCUUGUGCCUGGGGGACUGGCAGACGGUGCUGGCCGAGCUGGAGUCAGCCAGAGGGUUCUGGAAGGGGGCAGCUAUGUUGUGUGCCAUGGUGGGGCUGGCUGUCCUCCUGCACAUCCUGUGCCGUGCCAUCCGCCACAAACACCAGGACAAGGAGCCAGAGGUGGAGGAGGACAGCGACGAGGGGCUGGAGGACUCCUGUGUGGUUUGCCUUUCCCGGCCCCGUGAGUGUGUCCUCCUGGGCUGUGGCCACAUCUGCUGCUGCUUCCGCUGCUUCCAAGCCUUGCCCACUCGUCUCUGCCCCAUCUGCCGGGGGCCCAUUGACCGCGUUGUGCCCCUGUACCAGGCCUGAGAGCACUGGGGGGAGGGCGGCAGAGCUGUGCCAACCAAGCCUGGCGUGAAGCUUGUAGAAAUCUCAGCUGUCCCCUGGCGUGCAGCUGGAUGGUUCCUGCUGGGGAGGGAGGGGUCCUGGCUUACCCCUGUCUAUUCUGGGGUAGGGCUGAGGGGAUUUACAGCCCAGUCAUCCUGUUUGCCCCUUUCUCUGCCCAAGUCACACCUCCACCCCUCACAUGAGAGCAUGGGGUCAGUGUACUCCUAGUGCCUGACACGAGGAGAGGAGGCCCUGCGCCAUUCUGGAUCUAUUGUCUGAGUCCUGAACGCUCCCCCCCUUCCCUCCCCUCCCUGCAGUGUGGCUUUUUUUCCUUAUUUUGCUUUUCUGAUGUGUGGUUUAGCCUGUGGAUAAAUGACAGGACAGAAGGGAGAUCCCAGGGCUGGUGAGACACAGCUGGGGAAAAGGGGGGGGGGGGUACAGAAACCACCCAGAGCCACCACUGUGUCACACCCUGGCACCAGCAUUCCCCUAUCAUGUGCCUACACAGCAGACCCUGUGGGGGCUGAAAAAUUCCCUUGCUUCUCUGGCACCUGGGCAGGGAAAUGGGGACAGCAUGGGCUGCGGCAUCCUGCUGUCCCUCACCACAGCCUCUCCAGAGCUGAAGGACAGCCCCGAGGCAGCCUCCAGCACCCGCUGAGCCCCGUGCACCCGCCCUGGAGCCAGCGCAGGAGUGACGCGUGGUUGUUUGUCAUUGAUAAAGCUGAGGA